CGCAUCGAACCAAGGGGAGAGCGUCAGAGAAGGAGAGACGUAAGUGACAGAAUAGGUAGUGGUGUAGGUGAACUGGACAACCACCAGAACUCUCGCCAGUAUUUAAGGGAGAGUCGCGAGCGUAGCGCGCCAGUUACUACGGCCGAUUGCCUCCACGAGGUAUCCCCGAGCUAAACGGAGCCACUGUGCGCUGCACCGAUUUCGCUCGAAAGAAAAGGGCGCGAAAAGUCUCAACCACGUGACUCGAUUUUCCGAAACAUCUCUCCCUUCGCCUGUUCUAUUUGUAUAAUUCGCGACUUCGUUCCUUCGUUUGAGAUUCAUGUCGAUUCAGUGAGGAAACACGUCGAAACACCACGAGUUAGAGCUUCCGAGUUGACAAUUAACAUUUGAAAAUAAGAUUUGAAAUCCUUGAUAGGAGAAGUGAGAUAGUAAAAAGGUGGUUGAGUCCGUGAUAGCCAUCGAAUAUGAACGAAUGUGCGUCCCGUGAGGAAGUUCGCAGCGGUUCACGGAAGUGCACUAUUUAUGGAAGAGUUUGAACCGCCGCGCCAAGGGCUCUUUGGAACUUUCGCUCGUGGACCGUGCAGAUGAGCGUGCUACCAAGGGAAAGAAGGCGAAUCAUUUGGAUCCCGUACUCGAUGCUGCUGGCAUUUGGGCUGCUCCUGGUGCUGUCGGACGCCGGAGCUGUUCACCAACAAUCGAACCUCCUCCUACCGUUCACGAACGUCUCGUUUGGAUUCGCCAAGGCCGCAACUAAUCGCGGUAUUUCAGUCACCAGGAUCCUGCAGGACGGGGAACUCGAACGGGUGAUUCGACUGCCUGGAAUUUGCGCCAAGGAGACCAUCGUCAAUUGGGGAGAUACGGACGUAGCACUGAGGCAGGUCUGGCUACAGGAGACGGCCAGAAAGGUGCAACUGAUAUACGAGGGUGGCACGCUUACUGACUGCGUGGACGAGAAACUCGAUGUCCGUGACGAGAGAUCCUGCACAUCAAGCACGCACUUGGACGACGAUUACGACGAUGAAACGUCCGUCGAACUGUUCGAUGUGGACGAUCAGGAGGACUCGUCGAGGAUCCCGCAGGACCUCUCCUGGCUCUCGUCCACGUCGGAUCUACGUCAUCGGUGCACCCACGUAAGGAACAGGGCGCGAAAUCAAUUGAUUUUACAACAUCGACGAAGGAAAUACUCGAAGCUUUUAAACGGAACGAGCAGCAGUCACCGCCAGAGACGAGGUAAGAGCCGCUCGCGAAGGGACUUGUUGAUGAUCCCGGGGACACAAUGGUGCGGCCGCGGUCAUCGGGCCACGAAAUACACGAAUCUGGGCGGUUUUGGCACAGCAGAUGCCUGCUGUCGCAGACACGACACGGCGUGUCCUUUUUUCAUCCCGGCUUUCGAGACGCGCUACGGUCUUUUCAACUGGGGUAUCUCGAGCAUGAUGCAUUGUGCCUGUGACGAACGAUUUCGUACGUGUUUGAAGAUGGCAGACACAGCAUCCGCGAAUUUUAUCGGCAAAAUCUUCUUUGACGUUCUAAGAACGAAAUGUUUUAUAUUGAAACCGCAAAAGGUUUGUACGAAAUGGUCGUGGAUGGGCAAAUGCCAGCAUCACGAAUACCGAAAGCAGGCUCAUGUCCGUGAAAAUGUUCCUUAUCAUUAAAUUAAAUGGAAGAGAUUUAAAAAGAGAGCGACGAAUGUUUGAGAAUAUUCUUUUUCUAGAGAUGUCAAUACCAAUUCUCAGGGAUGUAAUAGUUUAUCGAGAGUAUUCGAUCGUGACCCGAUCGGUCGUUUUUUGGACAACAGAUCACAGAUAAAAACAGUCAUCCUCUUUGACCGUCUGAAUGACAGAAUGACAAUACGUAGUGGUCGCUAUAGAAAGUGUAAUCAUUAGAAUAGAUUGACGACAGUUUUAUAUCAUAUUUCAGUUCCUUGGAUCGAUUCUUUGUAAGAUCGAGUUAAUCUUCAUUUAUAAUUGAAAAGUUAAUUGGUCGAGUAUCUGGAAUCUUUCAAACAUAUCAACUACGAAAAUUAUAUGAAGCAGAUUUACUUAUAUAAAAGUGGUUUAUAUUUAAUUUUUCAUAUUUGCAAGGUCAAAUUCGUUUUAGACUGCUGAUUUUUACUUAAUCGCUUAAUGGUAAAAUGAAAUGAAAUGGAGAAAUGAAAUCGUUCGAAAUAGACAGGGUAUCAUUUUUAUUAUCUAUAUACUAACUAUGUAGUCGUUAUUGUCUUUGAAAAUGCCAAAUAAAUUAUUCUGUAGAUAAAUUAUAAUAAAACUGUACAUAUCAUGAGUAGCAUAAUUUUUCAAGCAUAAAAGAACUAGAAAAAAUCGCUAUAUUAACAAGUAGUUUAGAAAAUGAAAAAAUCUCUUUCCUACAAAAUUGUUGACUCUUGUAAUUAGAAAUCUGCGUAAUAGUUCACUUACUUUCAUCUUAUUUUCUUGAUUACGUGUACGGUAACGCUAAUUCCGCGUUAAUUGUGCUCGUGCAUGUAUUCUGUAUGAUUGUAUUUAUGUAUGAACGAGUCAUGUUCUUGCGAUGUAAAAAUGUUGAAAAGAAAAUCAAGAUUGUAACGAUACAAAAGUAUUUAAAUAUUGAAAUAUACGCUGUAUUUAAAUGCGACAUAUAAAAAAUAAGUGUAAUAAGUUAAAUAUGCAAUAUCUCCUUGUAUUGUAUAAAUGAAAAUAAUUCAUAGAUAUAUAUAAACUAUCAAAAUUCUUAACAGUAGGUACAUCGUUGUAAAUAUGUAUAAUAGCGAUAUAGUACUAACAUAUUUAAUAAAGGAUGCAUUAUAAAAAUAA